ACUGGGAAAAACCUGCAGUGAAUUUGAUAAAAUUAUGUUUAAAAUGAGUUCUAAUAUGGAUGUGUCAUAUAAAACAUAUUGCAGUGGUAUUUACAGCAAACGUAAUUGUUUUUUUUGUUAUUUUAGAAUGAACGCAACAAUAUGCCAGAAGUUGUGGAGCAGCCAAAGGAGGAGAGUCCUGUUCUGGUUGAUAGGACAUUACGUGAACACUUUUCACCAGAAAUCAUAACAUCCACAAUUAAAAAUAACCCCUUGUACCAGGACAUAGAGAGAGUGGAAAAAAGUGAAAUUAAAAAGAAGAAGCCUUCGUGGACUGUUCAAGAGUAUGAUAAGCAGUCUAUGAAUCUGAAGCUUUCUCGAUACCUUAAGGAAAAUCCUAAUGACUUGAACUACUGGCUAGAAGAUAUUUACACUCCCGGGUAUGAUUCACUGCUGAAGAAGAAAGAGACAGAAAGGAAAAAAUCAAAAUACUGUAAAAUAUUUGUUUUUGUGGCCUUAAUUUGUUGCAUCUUGGUUGCCAUAAUCACUGUCUCUGUUUUGUUUACUUGA